UAUGUUAUAUUAUACAUUUGAAUGUAACGGUAAUUAACCGUCAUUCACGCUACCCUCGCGCUUGAAAGGAAAACAGGAGAUAAUCCAUGGUUUCCAUUGGCUCUCUCUCCUGUUCAUGAAAUUCUUUUGUUCUAAAGAUGGCUGCAACUCUUGCUUUCAGCUACCCCUGCAGACCCAGCUCCGUCCAAAACGUCCGACGAGCUAACAUGGCCAAAACGAAACAGAACCAUGAACGCGCUACCGAGCAAAGAGUUCCCGGAUUAGAUCGAAUGAAGAGGAAAACGGAGAAGAUUGUAAGAUUUUCAAGUCAAAAACGCAGUAUAUCAAACAUUAAAGAACUUUUGAAUUAUGUGAACUCGGGGUCUAUGGAGGAUGCACUCCACCUGUUUGGGAAAAUGCUCAAACGUGACGCUUUUGCUUGGAAUGUUAUAAUAAGGGGACUAACUAGCACCGGUUACUUCCAAGAGGCCAUUGAUUUUUAUUAUUGGAUGCGAUUUGAAGGGGUUCCAGCCGACAAUUUCACCUACCCGUUUGUGAUUAAGUCUUGCACUGGGUCAUUUUCUUUGAUAGAAGGGCAAAAGGUUCACUCAAAGUUGAUGAAGGUUGGGUUGGAUUUGGACCUUUAUAUUUGCAAUUCGCUCAUUACUAUGUAUGCAAAACUUGGGUGUAUUAAACUUGCUGAGAGGGUUUUCAAAGAUCUGCCUGUUAGAGACUUGGUUUCUUGGAAUUCUAUGAUUAGUGGGUAUGUUUCAGUGGGGAAUGGUUGGCAUGCAUUGACGUGUUGCCAGGAAAUGCAGGUGCUUGGAUUGAGACCUGAUCGGUUCAGCACAAUCAGCCUUCUUGGGGCUUGUUCUCUUGAGUGUAGCUUGCAAUAUGGCAAGGAAAUUCAUGGACUUGCAAUCAGAAAGGGAUUUGAAUGGGAUAUAAUGGUUCAGACAUCACUCAUUGACAUGUAUGGAAAAUGUGCUACAUUGGGUUAUGCAGAGAGGUUGUUUGAAAGGAUUUCUCAGAGAAACGUUGUGCUUUGGAAUGCUAUGAUUGGUGGAUAUGCUCUAAAUGGCCAAUGCAUGGAGUCAUUUGCUUGCUUGAAGAAGAUGCAGGAGGAUGAUAACUUAAAACCUGAUACGAUCACAGGGAUAAAUUUGCUCCCAUCUUGUGCCAAAAUAGGAGCUCUCCUUCCAGGUAAAACUAUCCAUGGUCUCAGCAUUAGAAAAGGGUUUCUCCCUCAUUUGGUACUUGAAACUUCUCUUGUUGACAUGUAUGGAAAAUGUGGGGAGAAGAAGCUGGCGAGAAAAAUUUUCAGUGAUAUGAGUAGUAGAAAUCUGGUGUCGUGGAAUGCCAUGAUUGCUGCUUGUGUUCAGAAUGGGCACAACAGAGAGGCCUUGGAAUUGUUUCAGGGCUUAUGGCGAGAACCCAUUAAUCCAGAUGCAACGACAAUUACUACUAUUUUGCCUGCGUAUGCUGAAGUCGCGUUGCUCAGGGAGGGUAAGCAAAUCCAUGCUUAUGUCGCAAAGCUAGAUCUUAAAGAAAGUACCUUCAUCUCAAAUUCAAUUGUUUACAUGUAUGCAAAAUGUGGGGAUCUACACACAGCACAAGAAGUUUUUGACAGGAUGUUGUUUAAAGAUAUCAUUUCAUGGAACACAAUCAUCAUGGCUUAUGCCAUUCAUGGACUUGGUGAAAUUUCAGUUAAUUUGUUUUCUCAAAUGAAGGAAGAGGGACUUGAACCCAAUGCCAGUACUUUUGUUUCGCUGCUACUAGCCUGCAGCAAUGCUGACAUGACAGAUGAAGGGUGGGAAUAUUUCCAUUCAAUGAAAAACGACUAUGGGAUCGAUCCAGGAAUAGAGCACUAUGGUUGUAUGCUCGAUAUCAUUGGCCGGUCUGGGAAUCUUGACCUAGCCAAGCAUUUUAUCCAUGAAAUGCCAUUGGUCCCAACAGGCAGGAUAUGGGGAUCUUUGCUGAUGGCGAGCAGACACAACAGAAGCAUAGAACUGGCUGAGCUUUCAGCUAAGCAAAUUCUGUCCAUUGAACAUGAUAACACUGGUUGUUACGUGUUGCUCUCGAACAUGUAUGCUGAAGCUGGGAGAUGGGAAGACGUGCAACGGAUCAAAUAUCUUAUGAAGAACCAAGGAUUAGAAAAAACCACCGGUUGCAGCACCGUUGAGAACAGCAUCAAGACUUACAAGUUCAUCAACCUCGAUAGCUCCCAUGCCAAUUCCCACUUGAUAUAUGAUGUUCUGUACAUUAUCUCGAGGAAGAUGGGGGAAGACAUUUACAAUCCAGGUGUCUCAAAGUACAAGCCUCUAGACGUGAUCAGGAAAAGAUCAACCUCUCCGGAGUGCCACAGUGUUAGAUUAGCAAUUUGCUAUGGUCUGAUCUCUGUAUCACUUGGAAACCCUGUUCUUAUUCGAAAAAACAUUCGGAUAUGCGAAGCUUGCCACAGUGCUGCGAAGAAGAUUUCGAAGGCCUCUGGAAGAGAGAUAAUAGUGGGCGACCCCAAGAUGUUUCACCACUUCAGAGAUGGCCGUUGCUCCUGUGGAGACUAUUGGUGAUUGAUUCCUCAAAUUGCAGCUCCGUGGUAACUGUAAAUUAGUGUAGAUAUACGUUGUGAGGAUGUAUGAAUGACCAUUUAUCUUAAAUGAAACAUGCAUUCUACAUCAUCGUAUUAUAGAUUGAAAAUGCUUUUUGACCCAAUCUAGUCUAUUUGCCACAAUUAUUUCCCCGAUGGAAGCAAAAAGAAUUGUUGGGGAGAUUAAUAUUUCCCAACAACAGAUGC